AUGAGACACAGUCAGCAAUUUGUUUGCGAAUCAAAACCAACCACAGUAUAACGCAUUUUUUCAGUGCAACUAAAUAUUUAAAAAAAAAACCGUUUCAUUUCAGUUUCACCAGAAAACAUAGUACACGCAAUAUUUAUCGUGAAGUACUCUUUAGUUGCCGUCACUGUUGAUAAAUAGAAACUAAUUUUUUAGUUAAAUAAAUAUGAAGUCAAUUAUCUUAGUAACAUUGUUGAUUGGCAGCACAUUUGCGGUACCACCAAAGCAGCAACAACGUCAAUUACGACAAACGGAAUUCCAGCAGCCAACCACCGAACCAAUUCCGAUUAUUCGCCAGGAGCAAGAAGUUAAUUUUGAUGGAACCUACAAAUGGGCGUAUGAAACAGGCAAUGGCAUUAAAGCAGAAGAAUCAGGUUUCCUGAAAAAUGCCGGCGUUCCAGAUCAAGAGGCUCAGGUUGCUCAGGGAAGUUAUUCAUAUACUGCACCGAACGGCCAAUUGAUUAGCGUCACAUAUAUAGCUGAUGAAAAUGGAUUCCAACCACAAGGAGAUCAUUUGCCAACACCUCCACCCAUUCCACCUGCUAUUCAACGCGCAUUGGAGUACCUUGCUACAUUUUCAUCAACAGAAGACCCAUACGCAGCCGGAACUGAUCCAAGCUUGCGUGGAUAAAGGAUUUUAUAACGCAAUUGGAACAUCCGAAACUUGCCAUUGCAUUUUUAAAAAAAGAAAAAAUACACGAAAUUCUCCGCGACCUACAUUAUCAGAGAUCUGUAUUAGCACAUAACGCAACGAUAAAAAACAACUUCCCAAUUUUUUUCAAUUUCGACUGUGAUUCCCUGCAUCAACAUCGAAAGAAUUCACAUCAACAACAAAAAAUUCAUUCGAAUUCAGUGAGAUUCGAUGGCUUGUCAAUCACCCAUUCAUAAUAUGAAUACAUUUUUCCAGAAUAAUUAUUUUCGUAACGCGUUUGUUUUUCUCUUCCUCUAUUCGAAAACAAAAAACAAACAUAGAAUUCCGAUCAAAAAUUAUUAUCUUAUCCAUAUUACACAAUAAAUUGUUUGGUCCAUAUUUUUGGAUUAAACUAUAAUCUAAA